AUGUAUUACAACGUUCGACACAUUGCUGAGCCCUACGAAAAUAUACUGCGAGACUCAUCGAACCAUUCGACAUGUCAAUUGGUGAUCUUCGUUUCAUGUCUUAGCGUCGAUGCACUAUGUGCAACGAAGAUGCUUUCGCAGUUGCUGAAGAAACAGCUGGUUCAGCUGCAGAUUGUGCCUGUUUUUGGAUACUCGGACUUGAAAGGUCACUACGCCAAGCUGGAUGACAAUGUUAAUAGUGUAAUACUUGUUGGAUGCGGGGGUGGCAUAGAUAUCGAACAGUUUUUCGAAAUCGAGCCAGAUGAACAUGUUAUAGAGACUGAGCAGGGCUCCAAGAAGUUUAAGAGGCGAUUGUACGUCUUUGAUACACACAGACCUUGGAAUCUGGACAACUUGUUUGGAUCGGAUAUGGUGAAUUGUCUAGAUGAUGGAACUGUCGAAGAAGAGCUAGAGGAAGAGAGAAAGGCAUAUUUUAGGCUACUUGAACUGGACGAUGAACAAGACGCAGAAAGCGACGAGGGGGAAGAGCCUGAGAACGUCGAAGAAGACGAGGACGAGGAUGUUAAUGACACAGAAAAGGACGAAGAUGACGAUGAAGAGGAGCUUGUUAAUAGAAAGAGACGAGCUCCCGAUAAUGAUAAAACUAAUGAGAAACAGAGCAGAAAGCAGCGCAGGCAGGAAAUUCGCGAUCUUGAAAGAGUUAUUGAGGGACCUCUGUUGUCAACUCCCUUUCAUUGCAAGUAUACUCGCUUUUAUCUGCUGUGGGUGAAUGCAAUCUGCAUUAUCUAUGGCUUGCGAUCCUGGGGGCAAAUUCGUUGGACACUUCACAUCCACAACUGUACAAUAGACUAUAUUCGGUACUGCAGGACGAGGUGA